UGCCCAAGAUUGUCUUUUUCGCGCGAGUAAAAACCGAUCAAAAACCGUUUUCGUGGGUCGUGAAAUUUGCGAACUUGUGGUUAGCCUAUUCCGCAUCGUAGAUUUCACGAGCUCGUAGUGUUGGGGGCGAAUAAGUGGCUUCCUCGUCGGUUUAAUCACUAGCUCAGUUCGCGUCGUGCGUUGCGCUUCCCUUCGCUUGGUCGCUCCACCCGUUUCACAUCACAACCUCACGCUUGAGAGGUGGAUAUUUUUGGAUCCUCAUCCGUGCGAGCUAGAGUGACAUUGCCAAAAUGUUCAUCUGGGACUGGUUCACUGGCGUUCUAGGUUACCUAGGUUUGUGGAAAAAGUCCGGCAAAUUGCUCUUCCUCGGGCUGGACAAUGCCGGUAAAACGACUCUGCUACACAUGCUGAAGGACGACAGACUGGCACAGCACGUCCCGACGCUCCAUCCAACUUCCGAAGAACUCUCGAUAGGAAAUAUGCGUUUCACCACAUUCGAUUUGGGUGGACACACACAAGCACGGCGCGUUUGGAAAGACUACUUUCCGGCGGUGGAUGCCAUCGUAUUCCUGAUCGAUGCCUGGGAUCGGAGCCGCUUCACAGAGAGCAAAAACGAGCUGGACUCACUGCUCACCGACGAGGCGCUCUCGAACUGUCCGGUGCUGAUUCUCGGCAACAAGAUCGACAAACCGGGGGCGGCGAGUGAAGAUGAGCUGCGGAAUUACUUCGCACUGUACCAGCUGACCACCGGCAAGGGCAAGGUGUCCCGUGCCGAGCUGCCCGGACGCCCACUAGAACUGUUUAUGUGCUCCGUGCUUAAACGGCAGGGUUACGGUGAAGGGUUCCGUUGGUUGGCGCAGUACAUCGACUAAUAUAGUAUGCUUUAACAACGUUUUUUUUUCUUUCGGGUAUGAUUCGGGUGCGUGGGUAGUGGAGGAGUGGGCAGAACAAAACAAGAAUACACAGCUGAAAGUAAUCAUCUACGAACACACUUUAAACAACCGGCAUAUAUUAGAUUGGAUCAGUGGACGAGCGCUAACGCAAAUUUGGCUCCCGCGGAGUGUGUACGUUGUUGUGGCGGAGCAUACAGUUGCCAAGGAAUACCCGAGGAACAGGAUUUUUUGAAGCUAAAAAGCAAAAGCAGCAUGUAAAGCGCUUAGUAAUGUAGAGCAAUUGGAUAGUUUGUGAGAGCAUGGCAAACCGGUAUUUCUUGGCGUGCAACCUUUUGCAAAGCAGCAUGACCAUCUCUAUCUUCACAUAGGCAGGCAGUAUGCUACAGCGGUGCGCCUAGUGAAAGGAACAGAAAGCAUUCCUGCUUUUACUGUUGUGAACAACAAAUUUGUCCGUUUUUAAUAGAACAAUGGAGUGCGCCUGAGGCAA